AGGACAAGCCAAGCCAACACAGGCACAUCAAAAUGGCGGCGACCAUGGCAACGGCGGAUCCACAAACCGAACAGAUCAAGCAGUUCAAAGAUUUCCUCGUCUCCUACAACAAGCUGUCGGAGCUGUGCUUCGCCGACUGCGUGCACGACUUCACGGUGAGGCACGUGAGAGACAAAGAGGAGAAGUGCGCCAUGAACUGCAUGGAGAAAUACAUGAAGAUGAACCAGCGCAUAUCGCAGCGCUUCCAGGAGUUUCAAAUUCAAACCAAUGAAGCGGCGUUGGCGGCGCAAAAAGGGUUGCACUAGCCGUCGCUGCGACUCACGGAGAACGAUGCGACGAGCGAGUGACAUUCCUUACCGUGGGCCAUGUCCUCGUGUGUCGACCUGUGGACGUCUUGCUUCGCUGUGUUACAACACGUGUCUGAGCGGGCUUCGUGGCAAGAUGCCCAAGGAACGUUUGACAAGUUCGUGUAUUUCACGGUCCUCCGACAUCGCGUUUCACUUGGAGAUAUAGUUCACUCGCUGUAAUAGUUUGUAAUAAAACGUUAGGCACCGUU